AUGAUGAUUGAUGUUGGCUUGGGAUUUCUGGGGAUAGGGUUGCGAUUCUGGGGAUGGCGUCGAGGAUGGAGACCAGAGGAAGAAGAAGCGUCACACUUCUCUUCCGAGCUCGCCGGUGCAAAAGCCCCAAAUCUGAAGAUGUCGUCGCCGACGAUUCCUCUCUCUUUCUCGCCAAUUCCGGCGGCGAAACAGGUGGAUUGGCUUGGCUUGCACCGCCUUCAACUCCCAUCAACCCACCAAUUUGCGACUCCCGCGGGCAUGGAUGCCAAUCGCAACUCCAGGAAGCAGAGGAGGGCCAGGAUGCUACUCUAG